AUGACAUCCAAUAUUCUACAGCUUCCGUUCCGCCGGUCUCACACGGUCUCGUUGUCCGAAGCGAUCACGCAGUAUAUCUCGUCCAAAUAUGACCAACGCCCGGACAUGUUCGCGGAUGAUCUGAUGAUCAUUGAUCGCCUGCGCAGCGAGGCUAUCCAUGUCCAGGAGCCACAUGUUAGUGGCGUUAGCCGGUUGGUCACGUAUGCGGCGCAGCUCAAGUGGCUUGGGGGAAAAUUCCCGAUUGACGUGGGUGUGAACUUUUUGUGGUAUCCGGCGCUAGGGUUUAAUGCUGCGCGGCCUGUAUCCCAGAACAACCUGCGCUUCGAACUAGCGAAUAUUCUUUUUAACCUCGCGGCCUUAUACUCGCAACUUGCGUAUGCGUUGAACCGCACAACCCCGGAUGGCCUUAAGCAGGCAUGUAACUAUUCCUGCCAAGCAGCCGGAGUGUUGUCUCAUUUACGAACCGACAUAAUCCCCGAUCUGCGCUCAUCACCUCCGGAAGAUAUGGAUGAGAUGACACUGCAGAGUCUGGAGCAGCUCUUGCUGGCACAGGGCCAGGAGUGUUUCUGGCAGAAGGCUGUGAAGGACGGGCUCAAGGAUGCUUCCAUUGCCCGUCUGGCAGCGAAGGUGUCCGACCUCUACGGCGACGCAGGCGAUUUCGCUGUCAAGUCCAAUGCUAUUAGUACGGAAUGGAUCCACCAUAUGUCCGCCAAGCACCACCACUUUGCCGCUGCUGCACAAUACCGGCAGUCGCUGGAUUGUUUGGAGAAGCGCAAAUAUGGCGAGGAGGUGGCGCGGUUACGCGAUAGCUUGAACUGUGCCAAUGAGGGGCUGAAGGAGUCGCGGUGGAUCAACAAAACCGUGCUGGCUGAUCUGAACGGAUUGAAGAGCCGUGUCGCAGAUGAUCUGAAGCGGGCUGAGAAGGAUAACGAUAUAAUAUAUCUGAGUCCUGUUCCGCCCAAGUCUGAGCUCAAAAGUCUUGAUCGGGCUAGCAUGGUUGCUGCGAAGGCGCCCUCGCAGGUCAUCGAUGCUAUUUCUAUGCUCGGCGAUAAUGGCCCAUUAGGCCAUCCGCUUUUCUCAAAGCUGGUACCGUAUGCUGUGCAUAUUGCGGCGAGCAUUUACUCUGAUCGCCGGGACCGGCUGGUCAAUGAGACGCUAAUCGGGGAGCUGGAGUCGAUGACUGAUAAGCUUAGAGACUUGUUGUCGUCAUUGAACUUGCCGGGCUCCCUCCAGGCCCUGGAAAAGCCUCUGGGCGUUCCAGGAACAGUAGUUUCCCACGCAGAGGAGAUGCGACAGCAAGAUGGUUUAAACCGUUUGCGCCGGUCCGUCGAGGACACAGCUAAGGUCAAGUUCAACGAUCGAUCGGUCUACAACGAAGGCGUCGAGUUAUUGGCAGCUGAAAAAGCCGAGGACAAUGCGGCGCGUCAGAAAUAUGGUACGGAUCGAUGGGCACGCGAGACCUCUGAGGCCGCUGCGCCGAAGAUCUACAACACGUCCAAAGAGAUCAGCGGCUAUUUCACGUCUGCGCAGAGCAGUGAUGACCUUGUCGAGCGUAAGCUCCGGGACUCGGAGGCUGUCUUCCGUGUUUUGACUGGCACGAACCGGGACCUGGAGUCUUAUGUGCCGAGCAGUCGCAGAGCUGCAAUCACCCCGGAGGUGGAGCGGGAGGCUAUCAAGUUGCGAAGCUGCGUGAGUGAAGUCAGUCAGAUGGAGAACCGCCGGCGUCGACGGAUCCAGACACUCAAGGACAAAGCCCGUGCAGAUGACAUCCAUCCUGCUCUGUUGAAGGAGACCGCACGGCUCGAGCGUGAGUUCCCCAUGCAGGCCAUUCAGGCCAGCCAGUUCGAGGAUCUUUUCGAAGAUCAGCUGCGGCUCUACGAUUCGGACCACGACAUGCUGGCGCAAGAACAGCGAGACCAGGAACAUCUCUCGGAGCAGGUCCGCGAAGCUAACAGCGCUUUCACGCAGGCGCACAAGGGCGACUUCUCCACCAAGGAACGUGAAACUGCUCUCCAGGAGCUGGAGAACGGAUACCUGAAGUACAAGGAGAUUAUCUCGAACCUCGAGGUCGGCCGCAAAUUCUAUAACGACCUCGCCAAGAUCGUGAGCCGAUUCCGCGACGACGCAAAGUCCUUCGUGCACCAGCGCCGCAUGGAGGCCAGUCAAUUGGAAGCAGACAUCUCCAACGUGACAGCCAUGGCCUCCCUGCGCCUUUCUCAGCCGCACCUCCACCAGCCCCCUCCCCAGCCAGCCCGCGCGCAUCACCCACCCUCCGCAUACUCAGGCGUGCCCCCACCGGCACCAGCACCGGCGCCGUCCCACCCCCCAGCCCCCGUCCAGCCCCAUCCCCACCGGCCCUCCGAAACGGCUGCACCCCUGACCGCGCCGCAGCCAGUGCGCGCAGCGGUCGCACCGCCUUCGGUGCCGACGCCGGGCAUGUGGUCGCCUCAGAUGGGCAUUCGGUUCGACUCGGCCGGUGCGCCACCCGGUGCGAAUCCCAGCCCGGGCACAGGGGCCCCUCGCGGACAGCCGGGGACCUGGGACCCUAGCCAGGGUGUGCGGUUCUCAUAG